GAGUGUGAAGCCGUGUGUGUAUUGAAACUCUCUUUUUCUGUCCCUGCAUUCCAACCCUCAUCAAAGCCUGAACGAGAGAAGAGGAGAAAACCAUAAAUAAUACCAUGGUGAGAUCGGCCCGUUCUGAGGAUCGACCCAUGGAUGCACGCUCUCAGCAAUCGGCCUCGAUAGGACUCGGAAGGAACGAAGAAACGCACGCCUGUGAUCCACUUUUGAUUUCUUUUAAGCACUAAAGCGGAGAGGCUUGAUGGGAGCCAAACAGAGACGGUUUCUUUUUCAUUUUUAAAGAGGGACGCAAGAUGGCAGAUGACAGACUCCAAUUGUGAGAAUCACUCCGUUUCGCUUUAAAAUCUGAAAGACUUUCUGUUCAUUUUGGAGGUGUAAAUUAUCGGAAUAAGACUUAAUUUUUUCCUCGCCUGAAGAGAUAUCAAAGUAAAGGCACUCGGCAGUCCAGUUUCUCUAGACUUGGUUACAUACCAGUGUAUGUUCUCUCUAUGUUCCUUUGUUAUAAUGAGGGAUGCGCUGAGUCUACACAUAUGUGUAAGAAUUGACCGAUUGGUCUAGUUAAGAUCGUUGUUUUCUAUGAAAUUCAAAUAUAUAACGCCGCGGGGAUGUGCGAUAUGAAUAUUUUAAUGUAAAGUGUACCGCACGUCUGUAUGGAGAUCUAGCAGAACCAUUAUAAUCCUCUUUGGGAAUAAAAUCCAUGUCAGUGUGAUGCUAUGUCAACAUAGCAGCGGACAGAAACAACAAAAGCCUUGUCGUGAGAAUAAUAAUUUACUUUCAACAGCUUUUAUUAGUCUCUCACUAGAAGCUGUUCUCGAAAAACAGCCUGUCAACGUGUUUUUAACCUAGUAUAGAGGAGCUGUCAGCAGACUGGAUUAUUCAUAGUCGUCGUACAUAACUAGUGGGCGCAGGAAUUGGCCAUACAUGUAACGUUAGAAUAUGAACUAGCGUGUUGGCAUUUAAAGUCACAAGACAGAAUAAGUCCACUUUAGUGCUGUGGUAACAAAAUUCUCGCCGCCGCCUACAGUUGACACGAACGAACGAAGAAGUGGGUGGUGUAAUGAUGUUGCCUUGAGCUAAAGUGUGCUCAAAGUGUAUUUUCCUAGAGUAUUCGUACUCUCAUUGGCACAAAGUUGAGGUCUGUGGGAUAAAACAAGGUCCUUGUGGUUCCCUUCCCACACCACCCAUUUCAGGUAUCGAAAAAGUAAGACCUAUUUUAUGCAGUUUUUACCUUGACUUGUGAGCAUUAAAGAUGGCUGAGAACUGGAAGAACUGUCUGGAAGAGGAGCUCAUAUGCCCUAUUUGUUUGAACGUGUUCUCGGAGCCGGUUCAGCUCCCUUGCAAACACAACUUCUGCCGCAUGUGUAUCAACGAGGCCUGGUCUAAAGAUACAGGAAUGGUCCGGUGUCCCGAAUGCAACCAUGCCUACAGCCAAAAACCAGCUCUGGAGAAGAACCACAAACUGUCCAACAUUGUGGAGAAGUUUAACGCGUUAAACGUUGAGAAGACGCCAGCAGUUUUGCACUGCAUUCUGUGUCGACGCGGCCCUCCGCUUCAAGCCCAGAAGGUUUGCCUCAGGUGCAAUGCGCCCUGCUGCCAUUCCCACGUACAGACCCAUCUCCAACAACCUUCUUCCAAUGCUGGACACUUACUGGUGGACACUGAGGAUGUGCGGGCCUGGAGCUGUCCACAGCACGACGAGUACAGACUAUACCAUUGUGAAACCGAGCAUGUGGCCGUCUGCCAGUACUGCUGCUUCUCCAGAUGUGCUACCAACCACGGCCACGCGGUGUGCGAUAUAGAAGUCAGACGUAAUGAUAUCAGACAAAUGCUGAUUAAACAGCAGGAUCGAAUCGAGGACCGGGUUCAGGACAUAGAAGAGCAGCUCUACAAACUAGAAUCUGACAAAUGUCUCAUGGAAGACAAAGUGCAGCACCUGAAGGAGGAGGUGCAGCUGCAGUAUCAGAAAAUGCAGCAGCUCUUGGAGGAGGAUCUGGGGAAGACCCUGGAGGUCCUGGAUAAAGCCCAUUCCAAGUUCUGCCAGGAAAACUCGGCGCAGGCCCUGCAGCUUCACCAGAAACAGCAAGAGGCUAAGAAACUGCUCAGCUCCAUCCAGAUGGUUUUCGAUAAGGCAGAGGACAUCGGUUUUAUGAAGAACACAAAAUCUGUGAAAAUACUAAUGGACAGGUCUCAGUCGUAUGUGGGCAGCACAUUGUCAUCGUACAAAGUGGGCAGCCUCAACUCCAAACUCUUUCUGUCUGAAAUCUCUAAAAGAGAGAAGAACCUCUGCAAGAUGCUGGAAGCUCCGUUCAGCGCUCCAGCAAACUUUUUCCAGAGUAUUCCGGCGUACCUUUGCGAGAAGCGCAGACACUCAGUGGCGUUCCCCGAAGGCAGCGGCAGCAGCCGAGCUGGCGCUAGCUUCAUGGACUCAUCCUCAUCAGGCCCUGCGGCUGCCAAGCAGCCGUGCCUGAGUCUCACUCAGGGCUCUGCCCCAGGCGAAGGUCAGUCCUCCCAGCAUGCUCUAGGGCCGUGUGGCUCCACCCAACACGUAGGAAGCAGCAGCUCAGCCUCCGGCUCUCAACCCUUACCGCACUCUGCCUCGGUGUUCCCGCACUCCCAUUACCCAAACGGCAGCUCCUCCCAGCUGCCCCAGUAUGGAGCGCGGAAGAUCCUGAUGUGCACGGUUGAUAACUGUUACUGCUCAGGGGUGCCCUCCGUGUCCAACCACCGCGGACAUCCACCCUACCCUCGAUCCAGCUCUUUCCCCUGGCCAGUGAGCUCGCAGGAGUACUCCCACGCCCCUCUGCCCUCGGCCCCGGCCAUGUCCCAGUCUCUCCAGAGCCUGUCCAUGCGUGACUGGAUCGACGCCUCUCAGUCGCACAGGCACACUGACUUCUACAGCCUCUACGGCCAGUCUUCCACCAAGCAUUACGUCACCAGUUAACCCCUGCUCCAGUGACUGCUGCCAGUCACCAGAUGGGGCAUCCUUUUCCACUGAGAGAUGUCUUAAAGAGAUGCAUGUGGGGCAUUUUUAUACGCAGACCUCAUCAAUCAUUUAGAAUGAACUGCUGAAGUCCGAGAGCAGCGAAAAAGAAAGUUAAUAUCACAAAGUCAAGCAUAGCUUUGCACAUUAUUUAGGCACUAAUGGUGUUGUGAUUAUGUACGAUGAACGCAAGUUUCUCUUCUAAAAAAAUAACACUUGAUGCUUGCAAGAGAUGCAGAAAUGGAGGAUGUUGUCAUUUGUUGAAUCAUCAAUAAUGUUGCACUUUCUUUGUAAGACCCAAAUUUCGCAAUUACCGUUGACUCAUAAGGCGAAACGAUGGAAGUCAGCAGUAAAACCAUUAAGUUGGCUCUUAAUGAAACUUAAGAUGAUUUACUGUUGAGAGAAUUGAAGCCCACGAUGUUUUAUUAACUUCACAUGGUUGUCGUUUGUUAGAACACCCAUGUGCAGUCUGUAUAGUUUCCCAGCCUUCCAUAUUUCAACUUUCAUUUGGUUUAAAUUGGAGUCUGUGGUCAUUUUAUUUGUCACAAAUAGCACAAGCACAUGUUAAUUUGAACCGUUUUUAACCAACCCGGAAACUGGAACAGCACAGCAUUGUCAUCGCCGCCAUUGUUCGCCAUUUCGCUUGACCUUCCCUACUGAUUGCAGCUUUUUAAUGGAAAUGCCCUUCACCUCGGUUCGCAGUCCUCUCCUUAGGCUUCCAAAUUAACAGAGAAAGCACCUCCACCCACAGCCUUCAAUCUGGUCCCCAUCCAGACAGUGCUGUGUCUCUCUCACACCCUUCAAAGCCACAGAAACACCCCCCUGUACAUCCUGUAUGUUAAAUGCAGGAUGCAUUGGUUUCGCAUUCUUUCGUUUACCCGUGGCCUCUCAUUAUAUCUGACUCUUCAGCGGCUUCAGCGCAAAAAUGUCAGCCGAAGACGAAACGGCCUGUGUUCAGAGGGUCAUGGUGCACUUGAUGCCUCCGCAUUUACUGUCAAUGCUGUAAUUGUUCUUCCUCGUGUUUCAUGCCGUUUCCGGCUCCAAGCAACGGAGCCUCUGGCUUCCUGUUUGUUACUGAGUGCAUGUGGAAAAGAGUUUAUGAGCACUCGUAGAAAAAUAAUAAAACUGCUAGCAGUAAUAAAAUUACUUUUGAAACAGGGAUUACGUUUUUUUUGGUUUCUUUUUUUUAUUUAGUUUUUUUAGAUCUACUUAAGAGAAACUGACCAAUGAGCGUUAUGAAACUAACUGAAUUCUUGGGAUAAAAUGGAGGGAUUUUCUGUUGUAAAUAUUUUGUGAAAUGAAAAAGAAAGACUUGUAAUUUGGAAAGAUCCUUGUUCAAAUAAAUGCUAAUUUCAAGUUUA